UUUCAGGAAGCGGAAGCGGGACAGUUGGACAGUUUGGAGAAAAGUUUGGACAAGUUUGACAGUUCAGGAGCGAACACGCAAAACUGCGGACAAACAUGACGGUGUGUUACCUGUUGCUGUUGUUCAUGUGAGUUGUCGGUUGUCGACAUGGACAGUGGAACUGUGGGAGUGGAAACCGGCUCCGCUGCAGAUCUGACUGCACCAGCGGACUGCAGCAUCGCCUCAUUGCGGCGCCGGGCCUGGGCUCAGAGCAAGGACUCAGUGUGGCAUCAAUCGGCCCCAGAGCGACCUGGAGGCCCCCAGGGUCCCCAGCAGAACCAGAACCAGGGGGAGGGGGAUACUGAGAAGGGCUCCGAAGUACCAGGGCGUGUUCCUAACAAGAUCACCAGCUGGUUGUCCGAAUGCAGGACUCCCAUCGGAGCGUCUCUGGAUGAACAGAGUGCUUCUCCAACCAAAGGAGCACUGAGGAACGGCUGCAGCUUCGAAGAUGACCUUUCACUGGGAGCUGAAGCCAACCACCUUCAGUCCAGUACCAGUAAACCUGACCCCUGUUUUGGUCUGGCAGCGGAUCAGAAGAGGUCUCAGUUUAAAGAACGAGCCCGAAGCAUGAACUCGACGGGGUCGGGGAAGAGCAGCACUGUGUCCAGUGUUUCAGAGCUGUUGGAGCUGUCUGUGGAACAUCCAGAGGAGAUCCUCCUUAACCUGCGUGUGUCGGAGCUGCUGGAUCUGUACGAGGAGGACCCGGAGGAGAUCCUCCUGAACCUGGGCUUUGGUCGAGAAGAGCCCGACGUGGCCUCCAGGGUUCCAUCCAGGUUCCUGGCGCACUCGUCGUCAGCGCGAGGCAUUGACAUCAAGGUUUACCUGGGAGCCCAGAUGCAGCGUCUGGAGCUGGAGAACCCAAACUACGCUCUAACCAGUCGUUUCCGUCAGAUCGAGGUCUUCACAUCUGUUGCAAACGAGUUCUUCCAGCUCUACAGUCAGGUGUCGGGUCAGCCCAUCCACCGCAUCAGUACCAGAGACCUAGGAGGUGAGGAAGAAGGAGGAGGAGGAGGAGGAGGAGGAGGAAAAGUUGAACCUCCUCCUCUGAAGAAGACCAACUCUGCUUUAAACGUCGCCAAACGCCUCAAAAAAAACAUCAGCAAACACAACCUGCAGGUGGGCACCCCUGGGUCACAUGAUGCAACCACGCCCACCCAGCAGCUGCAGCUGAAUGGACACACCCACUCUGACCAUACACACAGUAAUGGACACGCCCACACCGGUCCAGAGCAAAACGGCUGCAGUGCCGCAUCUGACCACCUAGGGGAGCCGGGAGGCAAUAAGCACCUCCGCAAGAAGGACAGCUGUGUCCUGGCAACGGUUACCGAGGAGACCAACGGGGACAGUGAGACAGACAAACUGCCAGAAAACAGCCCUGAACGCAGCGGCGCUGAACCAACAGCCAAUGAGACGCCACAGACGGAGUCAGCUGAUGCCCCGUCAGCCAAUCAGACAGCAGACGAGGAGGAGAAAACCCGGACGUCGACUCCAGAUAAGACUCUGCCCCCUCUGGUCUGUCCUCAACUCGCUCAGCUCCGAACAGAAAACGCCGAUUCCUUCGACAUGGAGGAGAUUCAGAGCAAUGACGAUGACGCUCUGCCACCGAGGAGCUCCAGGAACGCAGAUCUGCUAAGGACGGUCAGUCAACAGUCAGACAGCAGUGGCUUCGCAGAGGAACCUUCAACAGACUUCAACAGUUUCCUCAAAGCCAAAUUGCAGGCGAGUAGUGACAGCUGCGACAGCGAGAACACCGUGACCUCACACCCAUCACAGGAAGUUGUCACGCCCCUCGCUGUCGACCAACCUGCCUUUGUCCUGCCCGACGGUGAGGGGGAGGAGCAGAAGGAGGAGCCAAAGGAGGAGCCGAAGGAGGAGCCAGCAGGAGUCACAGAGGCUGAUGGGAGGAGUAGGUCCAGAGAAGAAGAGCAUGAUGGGAGUUCAGAGCAGUUCCUACAGUACACGGCCCAUCACCUGCCCCGGAACCGACCCAUGGACCUGAACCCGGAUGAAGAGGAGCUGGUUCAGACUGGAGACCCACAUCCAGAACCAGAGCCAGAGCCAAGCCAGGGUCAGUCUGCUUCAGAACCAGAACCAAGCCAGGGUCAGUCUACUUUAGAGCUAGAACCAGAGCCAGAACCAAGCCAAGGUCAGUUUGCUUCAGAAUCUGAACCAAACCAGGGUCAGUCCUCUUCAGAACCAGAACCAAGCCAGGGUCAGUGUGUUUCAGAAUCAGAACCAAACCAGGGUCAGUCUUCUUCAGAACCAGAGCAGACUUUGCCUGAGACUCAGAAUGCCUCACAUCCAGAUCCAGAUCUGCUCUCAGACGGACCAGGCGGAGACGGUUCAGUUCUUCCACCACCUCCUCCGGCGUCUCCGGUUCUGAGGGCCCUGAAUCGGGCCAAACAGUAUCAGCUGAGCCGGGGCAGGUUGCAGGUCCUGCCAGAUGAUGACCCCCAAGGCCCAGGGACAGGACGAGGACGAGGCGGGACCCCCCUGCAGAGGUCCUCGUCCUUCCCCUCCUCACUCCUCGCACCGUCCAGAGUCGUCUCCUCUGUCAGGAUCCAGUUCGGUCAGGGUCAGUCCUCCUGCUCCCAGCCCAGAUACUCCUACAAAUACACCCAGGAGGGAGGAGGACCUGACGAAGACCAGGACGAGGAGGAGGUGGAGAGUGGGCGGAGCCUGUCCACUCUCAUCAUAAACUCUGCCUCUUCUUCUAGAACCACCAAACCACCCCGGCUCCCUGCAGAACCUCUGACACCACCCAAACCCAUCCCCCGCUACCUGAUGAGGUCUUCCUAUUCCCUCCAGAGUUCCAGUCCCCCGCCUGAUUGGUCACAGGGAGGCCACACCUCCUCAUGGAGUACCCAGAGUGUCCCUGAUCUCUCCUCCAAUCAGCGUCCCCUGAUCUCCAACCAUACCCACCAAGCGGGGUUCACCUUUCCCGCCCCUCAGUACCUAAACCAGAGUCCAAAUUCCAGUCCUGGUUUUAUUUCCAGUCCGAACCCCUUCCCUGUGAACCCACCCCCGCAGUACCCACCCCCUCUGCAGCCCCACCCCCACCCCUACUCCAGCCUCCCAAACCUCCUCUACCCCCACAGCCCCUCCCUGAUCCAUUACCCAGCUCAUCACCACACUACAACUCCCACAAUCCCCCAGCACAGCAGCCUCCCCCACUUACACCCGCCCCCCACCUCCAGCGCCCCCCCACACCAUGGAAGCUUACACAACCUGCAUCCUGCAACUCCCAUCAUGCACCACCAGACUCCGUACCACACCUCUCUAUAUGCCUCAUCCUAUCAUAGUUACCCUGGAUACAACAUGAUGACCCCGCCCCUGGGCUACACCCAGUACCCACUGGUGGGUCCAGAACAUGGCCUCCAUCCGGGCUUGGCUCCUCCCCCUCUGGCUCCAGGUUUCCACCCAGGCCUCUCCUCUGUGUUCAGUCCCGGUUCUAGUCUCCAUCAUGGACUCGCCUCAGUCCAGAACCAGGUCCCGUCAACGACCGAGAUGCAGCUCAGGAGGGUCCUUCACGACAUCAGGGGGACAGUCCAGAGUCUGGGCCAGAGUCGAUCAGGAACUCCAGAAGUCCUCAGUGAACACAGAUCCUUCCUGCCCACCCACCAGUCUUUGGCCGAGUUACAGCAGAAGAGGCAGAGUCUAAAUGUGUUCCGCAGUCAGAUGAUGGACCUGGAGCUGUCAAUCAUCCGGCAGCAAGCGUUGGUGUACAAACACCUGAGUCCAGCAGACAGGAUGGAGGCAGAGCAGCUUCAGUCUCUGAGGUCGGCCGUUAGGGAGGAGCUUCAGGAACUGGAACAACAGCUGGAGGAUCGACUGGUGGAGCUGACGAAGCCGUCGCAACACAGGCGUCUCCACAGAGACAGAAGUGUAGACAGUUUAUCCACUGCAUCUGCACUGAGAGCCAUGGAACCGGUGUCGGAUCUCCUCAGAGAACAGCUGUUCCUCCAAUCAGAGCUCAGUUACGACUGCCACGCCCCCUCCACCAGCCCCUCCUCCCGCUCCUCCAGCCCGGUCCGAGGAGGAGGCCUGUACCGGGCGUCAAUCAACAUCACCCCGGCUCCUCCUCCACGACCCAACGCACAAAACGAGGAACAGGAGGAGGAGGGAGAGAUGGGAGGAGAAGAAGGAGGAGGAGAAAAAACAGAGGUACCAGAGGAAGAAGGAGGAGCAGGGGGAGGAGCCAGAGCGGACAACCUGCAGCAGCUUAUCAAGGAGAUCCGCGAUAGUGUUGCCGAGGAGGUCCGACGGGAGAUCUAUAGCGAGCUGCUGGCUGCCGUGACGAUGCGACCAUCACCCGUGCCCGCCAGGCCACACCCCCUGUAGUCACAGCAACAGCAGAGCACUGCUUCACCAGCCACCUUCAGCCUUAGCAACCGUCGCCGGAGCAGCACACUGUCUGUCUGUAUCACUGUACGAAAAGCCCAGUAACACUGUCUCCACAUAACACUAUGUGUCUACAUCACUGUAUGUCUGGAACACUGGUCACAUGUCACAGGCCCCGCCCACUGCCACACCCCUUAUUUGCAAGGGGAGGAGGGGCUUACUGAUGACAAGUCCACAUUUUCCUGUUUCUGCUUCUUAAGUGUUGUGAUUCAAAGUCUUAAAGGGUUGAUGAGGUUCUUCUCAAACAAGAAAAUGGACGAUAAACGAUGAAAAUAAUCAAUAUUAGUUUAAUAUUCACUGUAUUAGAAUAUUUUCACCACUUUACCUUUGACAAAAACAACAGGUUUAUGUUGGAGAACACAUUUGGUGCUUUCAUUGUUUGACUUGGGUUUGAGAAGAUCCUCGCACAAACAUUAAACCUGACUCCCACUGCCACUAAAACCACUUUACUACCCACAGUAACCACCACUACGAAUCCUGAUCUUGAACUGGUGAGUCAUGAUCAGAGGUUCAUGUUCUUGCACAUCGAGCACCGCAGCCACAUUUAACAAGAACUAAUAGCAUUAACAACAGUCUUUACAACAGGGAACCUGUUCUGAUGUCACUUCCUGUCUUGUCUCAUCUCAGUCUUUCAUUUCUGUCCAUAUUCAGACUCUGUUUACACCUGAUGUUAAAUGAGAUCUGGAUCCACAACUGUAAUAGACCAGGGAUGUCUAACAUACGGCCUGUGGGCCAAAACCAGCCGCCAAAGGGUCCAAACCGGCCACGAAAUCCAGAAAUUACACUGAAGAUAUUAACGAUAAAUGGUGUCGGAAUCAGUUUAGUUCAGAUUCCACAU